AGUUAUUGCUGACUGUCUUCUUCGCGCGCGAUACCCGGGAGGCACCUUGGUGGAAGUGAGGCUCCUACUUCUCGAGUUCUUUUCAGAAACCAGUGGAGUCUGUGAGAGGAGUUAGAGAAGAUCGUGAGGGCUCACAGCUGUGGCUAUGGCGGUGGCAGCUGGAUUAUCGGUGCCUCCGUUCUCCCGUCAUCUCAUGUUCGUUGUCCUACUAGUAUGUCUCCUUUUCUUUCCAUCAUCUCUGGAAGCCAGUCGGACUGGCGGGGGGAAGAGACGCGAAGCGUCUGCCUCCCGCGCGCCACCCUCGAGUCCAGCGCCAUCCUACAGAUCGGCGCCAUCGCCGACAAAGAACGCGUCUUUGGCAGAUGUCUUCGCGGCGUGCAAGAAUUACUCUGGUGUCUGUAAUACCUCGGCUGCUACAGCGUGUCUUUCUGCGAUCGACAAGUAUCGGAUGGAGGUGUACCAGAUCGCCGACGACUUCUGCGACUGCACUGAUCAGAUCGGUGCUCAGCUCUUUGCCAUGUACUCUCCCAACGUCACAGGCGCGGUGACGUACAUCCACAACUGCAAGCCGACCUGCAUUUGGGGCAACACCUGCCCGUUCGUGGCCACCCUUCUGAGCGUGAUGAGUUCGAACUCGAGCAACUUGACAGCCGUUGGACUGGUUCAGCUGCAUCCGGAGACGAGCGAGGUUUCCUACGUCAUCAAGCCCGACGUUUACGGUGCCAACGUCUCGCAGCAGGCGGUGACCUUGCGUAUUCUCAAGGGAUUGCCAGGCAGCACGGGCGGUGAGGUUGUGGUGGCUUUCCCGGCGGCCAACGGCUCCUCCUCCUCGCAAUGGGAAGGAAGGGCGAAGCUGGCAGACUUCGAGGUUGCUCGAGCCAUCGCCUAUGCUCCUCUGGGCUAUCACUUGGUCUUGGACGGCGGGAAGCAGACGACAACGAACUCCUCUCGUUCGAACUCAAGCGUGGCGGCGGGUAGCUUCACGUUGACCGGCACUCUCGGCGUAAACGUCGCUCUUUAUGCAUCCCUGGCUCCCGCCAAUGCUUCGUCAGCAGCAGACGGCGGCUUCGCCAGCCUGGUAAUUGACACGAUCAGGCUGUCGUAUAGACUGGUUCGCGUGAAAAACGGCAGCUUGAUCUCUGCGGAGAUUGCCCCGGUCGCGGGCGGGGCAAACUCGACGGCGCCGGCGCCUCUCACGGGUUCUUCGGCAAUCGCGCUCUUCGGCGGUGCCUCCGCUGCUCUUCCCGCGCUUUCUGGCGCUGUGACGCCUCCGCUGGACUCGAUUCUCAGCUUGCUCUCGGCGCCGCACAAGCACGCGUUGAAGUUGAACACCACGGAGGGUGUCAAGGUGGGACUCUUGGGAACCGACGUCGUGGUCUCGGCCACUCUGGACCCGAAGCUGGAGGUGCCCCCUGUUAAGGCCAAAGUGGGGUCGCUGGGAUCGACCUUCGAGCUGACCUUGGCGGAGGGGUACGUUGGGUUCCUCUUCAAGGCGGCGGCAGGAUUCGAUGAGCUCAUCACCGUUGCACAUCUCCACGAAGGGAAGGCUGGGGUAGACGGCGGGGUGCUGGCCACGCUCUUCACCGACUUCAAGGGUUCGACUCUUCAAGGUGCCGUGGACCUCGAGAACGAUGUCAUCGCCGCCAUCGCUGCAGAUCCAAGCUCCUACUUCGUCAACAUCCACACGGUCAAUCUCUCGUCGGGGGCAGGGCGCGGCCAAUUACACUACAACUAGACAGACGAGAGUGUGAGUGUGAGUGUGAGCGUAACAGAUGGGAGUGAGAGGAGGAAGUGACUAUUAGCUGGUGGAUAAGUUCCCGGGUUAGUUCCUUUAUCCGUGUCGGGACCGCAGAUAUGAUGAUGAUGGUAUGUUUUUUUGUUUUUGUUUUUGUUUUUUUGCUGGUGAUUCCUUUGGGUUGGUAAGUAUCGUUUUUUUUUUUUUUUUUUUUCCCCUUUCGUCGGUUCUCAGAUGUGGACGGCAUUGAAAGU